AAUUUAAUUAGGUCUAAAAACGUGUGCGAAACCAAGUUCACAGAAUCCCCAUGAAUACUCCAAAGUGUUAACCCCAGAACUUUCUGUUUUAGAGAAAAACUAGAACCUUCUGUUUGAUCACUCGUUGAGAUUAAAUCCCCAAUUUUAGAAAAUCCCAAAAAUAGAGGAGUUUAAGAAACCUUAAUUUAAGAUUUGCGUCGUAAAUGUCUGCAGCAAUUAAUACAGUAAUCUUCACCACCACCACCAGAUUAUCAUCAGCGGUCUUAAAACCUUGUAACCGGUUUCUCUUCACAUCUUCAUCUUCUUCUCUCAUUAAAACCACUUCAUUACCGAUCUCUGCAACAUCCAUUCCGUGUUACAAUUCUGGAAUCUGUCUGAAUCGGAGUAUUUUCCGUGCCUUCUCAUCAUCAUCGUCUGCUGUUAAUAAUACAAUGACUGAUGUCUCCGAUUCUUCUAUGGAUGCUGUUCAGAGACGUCUUAUGUUCGAAGAUGAAUGUAUUUUAGUGGAUGAGAAUGACAAUGUUGUUGGCCAUGAUUCUAAAUACAACUGCCAUUUAAUGGAAAAAAUAGAAUCCGAAAAUCUGCUGCAUAGAGCUUUCAGUGUUUUCCUAUUCAACCCCAAAUAUGAGUUGCUACUUCAGCAACGAUCUGCUACAAAGGUAACCUUCCCCUUGGUUUGGACAAAUGCGUGCUGCAGCCAUCCCCUUUAUCGUGAAUCUGAGCUUAUAGAAGAGAACUACUUAGGGGUUAGGAACGCUGCACAAAGGAAGCUGUUAGACGAAUUGGGUAUUCCUGCAGAAGACGUGCCUGUCGAUGAGUUCACACCUCUAGGUCGAAUUCUGUACAAGGCUCCAUCAGAUGGCAAGUGGGGGGAGCAUGAAUUGGAUUAUCUACUCUUCAUUGUCCGAGAUGUGAAAAUGCAUCCAAACCCUGACGAAGUUGCUGAUGUUAAGUAUGUAAAUCGUGAAGAACUGAAAGAUUUAGUAAAGAAAGCUGAUGCAGGUGAAGUAAAGCUAUCCCCUUGGUUCAGACUAGUUGUCGACAAUUUCUUAUUCAAAUGGUGGGACCAAGUUGAACAAGGUACACUUCAAGAAGCUGUUGACAUGAAAACCAUUCACAAGUUAACCUAGAAGUACAAGCACCAGUAUUAUACAUAUACAAAAAAACCAAGUGUAAUCCCCACAUGCACGCUCGCACCGCAAACUUAAAUCUUCCAUAUCCUGUCAUGCUCAUGAUAUAUGUACGUAGGCAGAAGACAGAUAUAUUGCGCUCAUGGUUUGGAGAGAGUGUAUGCUUGGGUCAGAUAAUGCCAAGUUGCUUCAUGGCACGAAAUGUGCAAAAAGUUGCUUUUGUUCAAUUUGAUCUUUUAAUAAGGUUUGAAAUUGUAGAACACUGUUAUCAUUACCUGUAUGUAAUUAUGUAUCAUAUUAAAACUAGCAAAAUAAGCAGAGAUUCUGCACGUUACUAUU